UCCCUCCUGCUAGCUGUGACUCUAUUGCAGUUCAUUCAUCCCGGCCAUUUCUCGGCCCUCUACCAGUACUGCUGCUGCUAUACAUAUCACCCAAACCAAACCAAACCAGACCGAACCCAUCCAUCGAUCGCCUGCCUUCCUUCCAGCGUAUACAUCGAUAGAGGGUCGAAGAAGAUGGCCAUGCCGCCGGCGGAGAAGGUGAUCGUGGUGGACGCCAACCCCUCCAAGAACGGGCACGGGGACAAGCUUGAUGACCUGCCUGUCGCCGAUGAAACCUCACACCAGAUUGGCGUUGGAGGAGGGCGACGACCAGGAGGACGAUCUGGCAAGCCGUGUACUUGGACUUGGUCUUGCCGCCGAAGGGCUGCUCCAGCCAUCCGAACCGGGGCUGGAUCAGCAGCACGAAGCCGAGGAGGAAGCCGGUGAGGAACCCGCCGAUGUGCGCGAAGUUGUCGACGUGGGGCAGUAUCCCCAGCGCCAGGUUGAUGGCGGCGAUGAUUAUCAGGUUCGCCAUGGCCGCCAGCUGCAGACGGUGUUUACAUUCGAAUGUCAGAAGGUGUUCGACAUGGACCGAAGCAAAUACAGUAGUAGGAGAGACGAGGGCGGAUGCGCGCGUACCCUGUUCGUGUAGAUGGUCCAGUUGGUGAUGAGCUCCGACAGCAUGGCCCCGAGGAGGCCGAAGAGCGCGCAGGAGGCGCCGACGGAGACGCCAUUCCUGAUGAAGAGCACCGAGAGCACGCUCCCGCCCAGCCCCGAGAAGAGGUAGACCAGGCCGACCUUCCCUGCACGACGCGACGAGGGCGGCGAAGCCCGGUCAAAACAAGACAAAACAAAGCAACACAGCGUCGGUCGGGUCGCCGUUCUAGACGGAGUCGUCGGUCGGGUCGGAUGCUUACAGAAUCCGAACUGCUGCUCCAGGCGGACGCCGACGAAGAUGAGGCUGAUCAUGUUGGCGCCGAGGUGGAUGAGGCCGGCGUGCAGCCAGGUGCUCGUCUCCAGCCGCCACCCCUGGCCCCCGUGGACCACAGAUUUAAUUCAGAUCCAUGGUACCAGGUGGCGUUCGUGCUGACCACCGGGGUGAACAGCGCCUACGUGCUGGGCUACUCGGGCUCGCUGAUGGUCCCGCUGGGCUGGGUGGGCGGCUCCGUGGGCCUCCUCCUGGCCGCCGCCGUGUCCAUGUACGCCAACUCGCUGCUGGGCCGCCUCCACCUCCUGGGCGGCAAGCGUCACAUCAGGUACAGGGACCUCGCCGGCCACAUCUACGGACCCAAGAUGUACAAGAUCACCUGGGCGAUGCAGUACGUCAACCUCUUCAUGAUCAACACAGGCUUCAUCAUAAUAGCAGGGCAAGCACUCAAGGCACUGUAUUUGCUGAUCAGUACCGACGGGGCUAUGAAGCUGCCCUACUGCAUCGCGGUGUCCGGGUUCGUGUGCGCGCUCUUCGCGUUCGGGAUCCCGUACCUGUCGGCCCUGAGGAUCUGGCUGGGCUUCUCCACCAUCUUCAGCCUCACCUACAUCUUUGCAGCCUGCGUGCUGUCGCUCAAGGACGGCUUCCGCUCGCCGCCUCGGGACUACAGCAUCCAAGGAGAACCGUCGAGCAGGGUGUUCACCACCAUCGGCGCGGCGGCGAGCCUGGUGUUCGCCUACAACACCGGCAUGCUGCCGGAGAUCCAGGCCACCGUGCAGGCGCCCGUGGUGAAGAACAUUGAGAAGGCGCUGUGGUUCCAGUUCACCGCCGGCUCCGUGCCCCUUUACGCCAUUAUAGUCAUCGGCUACUGGGCCUACGGCAACCAGACCACCACCUACCUGCUCAACAACGUCACUGGGCCCGUGUGGAUCAAGGCCGUUGCUAACCUCGCUGCCUUCCUCCAGACAGUCAUAGCACUACACAUCUUCGCGUCGCCCAUGUACGAGUACCUGGACACCCGGUUCGGGAGCAAGGUGGGAGGCCCGUUCGCGAUGCACAACGUGAUCUUCAGGGUCGGGGUGAGGGGAGGGUACCUGGCCGUCAACACGCUCAUGGCGGCGGCGCUGCCCUUCCUGGGGGACUUCAUGAGCCUCACGGGGGCGCUCAGCACGUUCCCGCUCACCUUCGUGCUCGCCAACCACAUGUACCUCGUCGCCAACAGGCAGCGUCUCUCCUCGCUGCAGAAGUCAUGGCACUGGCUCAACAUCGUCUUCUUCACCGUCCUCUCCAUCACCGCCGCCGUCGCCGCGCUCAGGCUCAUCGCCCGCGACUCCAAAACGUACCAUAUCUUCGCCGAUGUCUGAGUCUCUUUCUUUCACUCUCCAGCAAGCUGCUUCUCUGAGGAGUGAGGAUAGUUUCCCUUCAUCGACGCAACUAGCCGCAUGAUGUAGCAUGCCUUACCUUCAUUUAGCGCUUCCAUUAACUAUUGUGCGUGUGCGUGUGUGUGUGUGUUAGCGACAACAAUAGCUAGCCAACUACUACUAGUACACAGCAGUGUUGUCGCAUAGUACUGAGCUGUUGCUGAAAAUGGCCUAGCGUAGUUUUGGCUUGACGUACGCCUUUGAACAACCAAAGUCGUGAGCAAAAACAGAUUAGGAAUUUGGAAUAAGUUCUGUGUAUGUGUGCUUGAGAAAUCACCAUGGAAACGAAUAUUCGGUGACGCA